AUGUCGGACAGCAGCAGAGCUGGUGCCUCCACCACUAAGGCUCGUCGCCAUAUCACCACGGCCUGCUGGCCUUGCCGGGAGGACAAAAUCAAGGCCGUCGAAGCCUUCUCGCAGCGUGUGCGACAGCUUGAAAUCUUUAUCCAUGCUCACAACCUCACUGUACCCCCAACGGAUACAGAACACCAGGCAGUACUAGACCAGCUGUCUUCCCUGUACCCUCAAGAAACAUCUGAGCGUAGUCAUGCAGACAGAAACCAUGCCGAGACUGUCCUUGCCAUACCGCAGGUCUUUCCGGACCUCGGCUUAGGGGUUUCGACUGCUCCGGUCGUUGACAUGACAACCACUACAGAUUUGUCAGGAGUUCCAGGUCUUCUGCCUACAUCUUCUCCUUUUCUCAGGACUGCUCUCCAGGCUCCUAAUCAUGCCGCCGACGGCCACUCCAAUAUGAGCCCUUUGGACUUUUCUGCCGCAACAUUGCCCUUUAAUCAAUAUUUUGAUGUCGACUGGGUGUGGAAUCAUACCAUGGUGAAUUAUUUGGACGGCGACAUUGACGUUGAUCAUCUUCAACUCCCAGUCCAGAGAGACGACAAGCCUUUGUCACAGGCCGAUCCUCAGUCCACCUCGUCGGAUCCCUCUCCUCCAACACCACCCAACGAUGACGAACUUACUGACGAUGAAGACCAGUCCGCAGUCACAAACGAGCUUUCACAUCGUUUGGGGUCUCUCUUAAUGACAGAUAACGGAGAGAGGCACUUUUAUGGUGCCACGUCCAAUCUCAACUUGGCACGCGGUGGAAGCUUGCCCGUAAUGUACGGAAAUCGCCCCGACCAAGGACGACAGGCGCAUGCCCGCCUAGAAGUUGCCGGUAUCCACCAAGAUAUCAGCCGUGAUCUCGAAGAGCACCUUCUCCAGCUCUUCUUCACAUGGCACAAUCCAACUCUAUAUAUUGUUGACCAAGCGCUCUUCACUAAAGCCCGCAUGGACUUUGAGCAAGGGAAGCGCGAAACCGUGUUUUACUCGCCCUUUCUCCUCAAUGCGAUGUGUGCUGUCGGCGCUGCUUUUGAGACACGUAAACAUCCCAAUCUACCGGCUCCGCUCGCAGAAUUCUUCGCAAACCGAGCUACCACUCUUCUUGACUUUGAAUUGGAGCAUCCUCGUGUCUCUACUGUCCAAGCCCUUACCAUAUUGAGUAGCCACGAGGCAGCAUGCACAAGAGAUACCCAAGGAUGGCUCUUCAGCGGGAUGGCCAUCCGUCUUUCAAUUGAUUUUGGUCUACACAUAAGCGCCAAGCCGUACGUCGAGGCUGGAUCAAUGUCAGUGGAGGAAGCAAGAGGCCGAAGCGUCGCAUUUUGGGGCGCUUUUGCUACUGACCACAUGUGGGGUCUCUAUCUUGGAAGGCCACUGCACAAUAUUUCUCAAGUCGUCACGGUGGAAACUCCAAUGGCCUUCUCAGGAAACCGGGACCAAUACCGGUCGCCAGGCACAAUUGACCGGGAGAAAGGCACAUUAGAACACCAAGAACUGUUCACGGCCUGUGUCCGAUUUCUGAGCGACCAUCUGGGUAUUGACCGUUCUAGGUACUUUGAUGCGGACGUAUCCAAGGUGGAUCUAGUGAGGCUGGGGCAGCGUACAUUGGCACAAUUGCUCUCUUGGAGACAGAAUUUGCCUGAGGCCCUCGAUUUAGAUCCUGAUUGCGCUACACCUCCAGAACGUGCGCCCCACAUCCUUAUUUUACACAUGCUCUAUGAGUACCUCAUUAUACUUCUACAUCGUCCCUUUGUCGCUAAGCGUUACAUCCAACCAUUCCCAUUGAUUGGCAAAGGCCCUGAGCAUGCACGCGAAAUGUGUGUCCGAUCAGCAUCUCGGAUAUCGGUUCUUCUAUCUUGGUAUGAAGAGCAAUACUCUCUAGGCCACGCCAACGUCUUGGUGGUUCAAAUAACAUUCAGUGCUGCGCUCAUCCUCGUCUAUGCCACUGUCUCCGAAACAGAUAUUCAGAAUCACCGGCGCUUGACCGGCCAUCUAGAAAUGUGUUGUCGGGCAUUGGCGGAGCUUGGAAACGUCUUCAAUAAUGCUACCCGCACUCUAGACGUUCUGCUCCACGUCAAAAGGACAUGGCAAGCUCGCCUCAUCGCGGCGUCGACAGGUUCCAAGCGCCGAGCACCCUCCACAGGCGGGUCACCAACAAAACGCCGCACCUUGUCAGAUGUCGCCCGCGCCUGA